AACAGGGUUGUGGGGGGGUUUUUAUUGCCUAUAACUAUCUUUGCCAAGGUGACGCAUACCGAGUGGCUGCCGCGCCAGGCCCGCCCCUGCGGCCGACCCCUGCCAGCAGCGCCCCCGGUGAGGCGGCAGCAGGAACGCCCCCCAGCCGCCGCCGGAGCAGCACCCGACCGAAACCCCCUGAAGGGUUCGCCCCGUGUGCGCGGCCCGGCCUCCGCCGCCGCCCCAAGCCGCACGCCCCGCGGCCCAGGGCCCGCAUGCGCGCCCCCACCGCAGCGACGCGACGUGACGCCCCGCCCCGCCGGGACCCAGAGCCCGUCAGGGCGCGGGACUGGCGCAUGCGCCUUGAAGGAGCCGCCGGCAGGGCAGAGGCGAGGCACUUCCUGUUCCGGGGCGACUCCCUCCGCACACCGAGGAAGGAACGAGAGUUUUGUCUAAUGGCUGCUCCAGGAAAGGUGGCAGCUUUCAGUCUGCCUCCUCUGCCAACUAUUGGAGAGAUUAUUAAACUCUUCCGCCUUAAGGCACGGAAACAACUUUCCCAGAACUUUCUACUGGAUUUGCGAUUGACAGACAAGAUUGUGAGACAAGCUGGUGAGCUGAAAAAUGCCCAUGUUUGUGAAGUGGGCCCUGGACCAGGAGGAAUUACCAGAUCCAUUCUCAGUGCUGGUGUUGAACAACUCCUUUUAAUUGAAAAAGAUACUCGAUUUAUUCCAGGAUUGAAGAUGUUAUCUGAAGCAGCUCCAGGAAAAGUGCGCAUUGUUCAUGGAGAUAUCCUGACAUAUAAGAUGGAGAAGGCUUUUCCAGGGCACUUAAGAAAGAACUGGGAGGAAGAGCCACCAGAUAUACAUAUCAUUGGGAAUCUGCCCUUCAGUGUUUCAACUCCUCUAAUCAUUAAAUGGCUUGAAAAUGUUUCCAAAAAGGAUGGACCUUUUAUUUAUGGCAGGACGCAGAUGACGUUGACCUUUCAGAAGGAAGUUGCAGAGAGGCUUACAGCUAAUCCAGGAGGUAAGCAACGUAGCAGGCUGUCCAUCAUGGCUCAGCAUCUCUGCACUGUUGAAAACUGUUUCGUAAUUCCAGGUGAAGCCUUUGUUCCAGUGCCAGAGGUGGAUGUGGCUGUGGUGCAUUUCACUCCAUUGGUUCAACCAAAGAUAGAGCAGCCAUUCAAGCUAGUAGAAAAAGUGGUUCAAAGUGUUUUUCAGUUUAGAAGAAAAUACUGCUUCCGUGGAAUUGCGACCUUGUUUCCUGAAAGUGGACGUUUGAAAAGAACAGAACAGCUGAUGAUGACAGCAAAUGUUGAUCCAACUCUGCGUCCUUUUCAGCUCUCCAUGUCACAGUUUAGAAAUCUGUGCAAUACAUACAGGAAAAUGUGUGAUGAAGACCCAAGCCUUUUUGUGUACAAUUACAGAGAAGAACUAAGGCUAAAGAAGAAGAUGGGGAACUUACUUAAAAAUACCAGUCAGCCUGAACAGUCUGAACAGGAAAAUCAGCUGUAAUUGCAGCAGACCGAUUUUUUUUUAUUAGUUUUAACUCCUUGAUCUAGAGGUGUUGAUUCAGUAAGAGGUUUAUAUAUUCCUCCAUCUGUACAGGUAUGGAAGAACUACUUUUGAGAAAGUGGUGGAGAGAGAGGGAUUUCCCAUUUUAUUUAUUCAUACCAUUCAGCUGAAGACAAAAGUGAAAAGACAGUCCAGUUACAAGGUCUCUGGAGGUUCUCUUUACUUCACAGGAAUGGCUAGAACACAUACCAAGAACAAGGUAUGGUGUGAGAUAUGUAAUUAAGUUGGGAUAUUUCUGAAAUAAUUGUUUUGUAUGACUGAAAGUGCAUUAUUGAAACGUAAGAAAAAAUGUUUUUCAUACUUCAGCAUGUAAGACGGUGUCUGGGUUUUUGUGCUCUUUUUAUCCUGGAACAUCCUACUGUGCAGAGUAAUUUAAAAAACAAAAGCCAGAACUCUAGUAUAAAUAUACUCGGGUGACUGGCUUAAAGGAGGAUAAAGUGCACAGAUUGCCUCAAGGUCUGCUAAUACUCUCAUUUAUGCAAACGCAAAGAAUUUGGGAUUUAAAGCUCCAACUAGAGAAAAGCAGCAUGAUAAAAAGAAAACAGGGCUAAUACUUAUUUGUCUUUUACUGUACAGGCUGGUAGAGAAAAUAAAAAAUACAAUGACAUAAAAGA